ACAAGUAUGAACAACAAUGGAGGCAACGACGAAGCCCUCAACCUCUCCCUCUCCACAGCAACUCCACCACCAUGGUCAACAACUAUCCGUAUCUCCACGCGCCACCACCGCCGCCGCAUCCGCCCAAACCAAACUGCCGGAGCAGGAGCAGGAGCCAUCCCGCCGCCGUAUCCAUGGGCCACGUCGCGACGCGCCGCCGUGCACGACCUCCGCCACCUGCAGGCGAGCGGGAUAAGCAGGAUCGCCGGAGACGUGCAGUGCAAGAGGUGCGAGAGAACGUACGAGGUGGAGUUCGACCUGCAUGAAAAGUUCAGGGCGGUGGCGAGUUACGUGGUGAGGAACAGGGAGGAGAUGAGGCAGCGGGCCCCGGCGGCGUGGAUGAACCCGACCCUACCCGACUGCAGAUACUGCGGGCAGGGUAACUGCGUGAAGCCCGUGUUGACGACGAAGAAGAAGUCGAUUAACUGGCUGUUCUUGUUCCUGGGUGAGUUGAUUGGGUGCUGCAAACUCGCUGAGUUGAAGUAUUUCUGUAAGCAUACUAAGAAUCAUAGAACUGGAGCUAAAGAUAGGGUUUUGUAUCUCACUUAUUUGGAGAUUUGUAGGCAGCUUGAUCCUAUUGGCCCUUAUCAUCCUUGA